GCUCGGGAGGUUUUAUCCCCGUGGCCCACUUGGUGUUGUCUUUGGAAACUCCAAUAUCGUCUUAAAUAAUCACCCGGUGUUACGCGUUCUUGAUUGACGCUGGAGCUUUCAUGAGCCGCGACAUACUGGAAAGGGCAAAAAGUUCAAUUCGAUUACACGGCCGUCACAUAAACAAUCAUUUGGAGGGAACCCCAAAGGCAACCCAGGCCAUGUCGCUUUCAAAACGCCUCGCUCGGCCCGUUGCCACACUGGCCCGCUGGAACCGGCCGGUGCUGCAUCGGUGCCUUCACCAGCCAUCAGAUCCUCGGCAGAGCGGCAACCAGCAGAAGGCUGAUCACGCCCCAGAUGCCCAAAAUGAUCCAACCCAAGGCCCCCCGGGUAGUCAUCAGGACCCUCCGCAAACCACCCAAAGUGGCGGCAGCAACGCGUCUUCCCUACGUCCAAAUGACUACAAGACUCGGCCAUGGAUCCGUGCAGUGAUUGCCUUGGGUGUAAAAGCAAAGCAUCCAGUAAAUCAGGGUGGUAUUGGUCUCGGCCCAAAGGGCAGCGAUGGCAAUAGCGAAGCCGCUGCAAAAGUCGACAGCACAGGUUCCACAGGGAGCUCUAAGCCACCAUCUUCCUGGAUACUUGAAGCGCUUAACAAGAUGUUUCAAAGGAAGAGAUAUGCCAAUUCUCAAAGAGGGAGGCCAGCUGUAUUCAUCAGGAAUAACAGCGGAGGCCAAUUGAAGUCAGAUCAGUCACGGAAAGAUGUCAUGGAUAAGAUUUUGCGAGAAAAGUACGGGAUCGAGGAUCCCGAAAAACGGAAGCGCAUCAUAGAGAACUCCAAAACGAUUGAAGUUGAUUUGAGAGGUUCCGUACUUUCUUUGAUACUUAUUUGCUUGGUCUCCGCCAUCAUCUACCUAAAGCUGAAAGAGAUGGAUAGGCGUGCCCAACUAGGUCGGCUGCGUGAGACACAAACCGCAACAAGGCAGGAGCAAAUCGAGGUGGAGACUCAGGGCACUGACGGACAAUACCCUAUGAUGGAUGAUAGUACGAAGCUCAGCAGUACCUGAGAUGGACAGGUGCCAUUUAGUGCUUAGCCUUGACAAACACGUGUUUGGUUAAAGCAAAUAUGACAAAUAUUUCGCCAGAAAGCAUUGCUAUGAGCCUGUGUCACUGUUACGCCCUAUGUUCAUUCAGCAGAAAAAAAAGGAAGAAAAAAAGAAAGAAAACAUCUCGUGACAAAUGAAACCGACAUCGACGCCAGU